UCCUGCAGCAACUUGUCUCCUCUCUCCCCGUGCCACCUCUCCGUGCGCCCACCGCCCGCGUUCUCACGAUUGAUCGAGCCCCGCGCGCCCCGCGCUCGAUCGGUGCAUGAAGCAUCAAGAGCUUGUGGAGUGGAUGGAGAUUCGCUGGGGCUAUCGGUUUGAAGGCGCUCCUGUGGUGUACAACGAGCAGGAGUGGCUGUGCUUCGACUUUCCCACAUGCCCGGCGAAGCUGUACCUGGCCGAUCUGGAGGACUGGGCGGCUACGAGGUACCUUCAGGCUCGACUGGUGGAUACGGGUGGCAUUGACUACUGGCAGGGCGGUGUCCACUACUGGCACUCCAAGGUGAUCUUCUUGAGCCCCGACCGGUCGGCCGUGGAGGUGGCGUUCAACUCGCUGGGGCGCCGCUGGCGCGGCGCCGGGGAGAACUUCGACUACGCGCAGGUGGAGGUGAAGAGAGCCCAGCAGCUGCACGAAGAGAGCUUUGGAGACGCAAGCUGGUACAGCUUCCAGCACACGGCCACCCUGGCACGGCAAAUGUCCUAUGAGGACGUCGUCCGGGCGGUGGCGACGGUUGCCUGGGAAUAUCCUUACUUCACCUGGGAUGAAGCAGGCACCUUUCAGAAGUGCCAGCCUCCUGGCAUCAAGGAAGGCCACUGCAGGAUCUUUGCCGAUCGCCUGCUCCGGUCGGGUGUGCUGACCGAAGAGGAGGCCGCCCAACUUCCCGUCGACAUGGACAGCUGGGAGCGCUUGGAAGCACCCAAGACCUCGGCCUUCCCCCGCUCGGCCACGCGAGGGCAAUGCUCGUGCGUGGACUGCUGGACUGCGUGGACCGCGGUCGCCGUCUCACUCGCGAUGGCUGUGGCGUCCGUGGGCCGGUGGGUGAAGGGGACGAACGAAGAGCGAUGAGCGGAUUGCACGGCGACCUUCACGACCAGCGAACCAGACUCAGAAAGGUCGGUGAGAAGGAUGCAGGAGGCACAAGGUGUCUUUGAAGCUGUGAGAGGUGCGCUGAUUUUUCUGCCACCACACAUGCCUGUGGGCGCUUCCGAAUGAGAGAACGACUCAAUACUGGAGGACAAUGAGAAUCAUGAUCAGCUUACGUACGACAGGGCCCGACUGGGCCCGACAGAGCCUGACAGGGCUUCGCGACAGACGGUGGUUUGGACCGGCGUUGGCGGCAACACAGAGCUGCUGCAAAGGAUGUUGUAGCUGGAUUUUUUGGAACAAAGGAGCUGCAGAUGGUGGGCAGGCUAUGGAAGGGAUAGAUGUGAAAGCGCCGCG